AUGAGCAUGGUAAAGAGCCUAGAGCGGCUGGAGCAGCGGCUGGCUGUGAUGGUGGCUGCCCAGGAGACUUCUCAGGCCUGGUCUUCACUGGGAGAGGAGGGGCCGGCAACCAUGAAAAAGGACAAGAGCCAUGACCGGGAUGAGGCAGACUGCAGGGCAGAGCUGAUCCUCAUCAACGGGGACUGCACCGAUCCCGCUAAUAACACACCUGCCCUGCUUCUGGAGGCGAAUGGGAAGCCCAGCGCUCCAGAUGCUGGGGGCCUGGGGCUGCCGUCCCUGAAGAACAACAAGAGGGUCAGCAAGGGAGACCUCUCCAAGGAGGACCUGUCCUGGCCGCUUGCUCUCGCAGGGGCGCAGGAGGUGCGGCCCCGGGGCAGCGCCGGUUGGGAGAGCAGCCUCAGGCAGAAGCCCCCCGUCCGCCUCAUCUUCCAGGCAGGGCAGACCCGGCACGAGAUGAAGAUCAAGGAAACGAACAGCGUGGAGAGUCUCAGGGACCUGCCAGCUCCCCUGCGGAGCUCCAAGCGGCGCUCGACCACAUCCAUCCCCGUGACCACCAUCGACCUGACGGAGGAGGACUCCCGGGACUCAUCCCGGAGCAGCAGCACCCUCUCCGGCAGCAGCUCCCAGGAAGGGCAGAAUGGCUCCGCCGAGCUGGGGGCCGAGGAGCCGGAGAGCAGAGACGCGGGGAUGGCGCUGGAGUACCAGGAUGGGAAAGAAUUCGGAAUUGGGGAGCUCGUCUGGGGAAAGAUCAAAGGUUUCUCCUGGUGGCCUGCGAUCGUUGUCUCCUACAGAGCCACGGCCAAGCGCCAGGCUGUCUCGGGCAUGCGGUGGGUGCAGUGGUUCGGAGAUGGGAAGUUCUCUGAGGUUUCUGCAGACAAGCUGGUGGGACUGAUGGCCUUUAGGCAGCAUUUCAAUUCUUCCACGUUUAAUAAGCUGGUCUCCUACCGACGAGCCAUAUACCAUGCCCUGGAGGUUGCCCGGAGCCGGUCGGGGAAGACAUUUUCAUCCGCCCCCGGGGAGUCCCUGGAGGAGCAGCUGAAGCCCAUGAUCGACUGGGCGCUCACCGGCUUCAAGCCCUUGGGUCUCAAGGGACUACGACCGCCCAAAGCCUCAGAGAACGGGGCCCUGAGGAACGGGACUGAGGAGGUCCUGUCCCUCGAGCAGUGUCCCCCCACCAAGAGGCUGAAGACCAACCCCUGCAACAACAACAAGGAGCAGCGAGUGGAAGAGGACCAGACCCGAGAGCAAAUGGUUUCUGAAGUUACGAACAACAGCGGGAGUCUCGAAGACAGCUGUUUGUCCUGCGGGAGGAGAAACCCGGCCACCUUCCACCCGCUGUUCGAGGGGGGCCUCUGCCAGACGUGCAGGGAUAGAUUCCUGGAGCUCUUCUACAUGUAUGACGAAGACGGCUACCAGUCCUACUGCACUGUCUGCUGCGAAGGCAAGGAGCUGCUGCUCUGCAGCAAUGCCAGCUGCUGCAGGUGCUUCUGUGUGGAGUGUCUGGAGGUGUUGGUGGGGCGAGGGACGUCGGCCAAGGCAAAAGAGCAGGAGCCCUGGAAUUGCUACAUGUGCCAGCCCCAGAGGAGCUACGGGGUGCUGCAGCGCCGGCAGGACUGGAACACUCGCCUGCAGGACUUCUUCACCAGCGACAAGGGACAGGAAUACGCUGCACCCAAAAUCUACCCAACGGUCCCACCAGCAAAGAGGAGACCUAUUCGAGUGCUAUCUUUGUUUGAUGGCAUUGCAACAGGGUACCUGGUGCUGAAGGACUUGGGCAUCCAAGUGGAGAAGUACAUCGCCUCGGAGAUCUGCGAAGACCCCAUUGCUGUGGGCACCAUGCAGCAUGAGAGCAACAUCACCUAUGUGCACGACGUCAGGAACAUAACCAAGAGAAAUAUCGAGGAGUGGGGUCCCUUUGACCUGGUGAUCGGUGGAAGCCCCUGUAACGACCUCUCCCUUGUGAAUCCAGCCAGGAAGGGGCUGUACGGACCCCCAGAGCUGUGCCCCCUGUGCCACAGCUGGUCCCAACCUGCUGCUCCCGUUUUGUCCCUUGUAGAAGGAACCGGGAGGCUGUUCUUCGAAUUUUACCACCUGCUCAACUACGCCCGUCCCAAGGCGGGAGAGGAGCGCCCCUUCUUCUGGAUGUUCGAGAACGUGGUGGCCAUGAGGGUCAAUGACAAGAGGGACAUUUCUCGGUUUCUGGAGUGUAACCCGGUUAUGAUUGAUGCUAUCAAGAUAUCAGCUGCCCACCGAGCACGCUAUUUCUGGGGCAACCUUCCGGGGAUGAACAGGAUCUUUGGCUUCCCCCUCCACUACACGGACGUCUCCAACAUUGGCCGCGGGGCUCGCCAGAAGCUGCUGGGAAGAUCAUGGAGCGUCCCCGUCAUCCGGCACCUCUUUUCCCCGCUCAAGGAUUACUUUGCCUGCGAAUAGCAAGCCGAGCGUCCCUCGUCUCUCUGGUAAAGAUGCACAGCACCGCUGCCGUGGCGGGCGAGGGACGGGCACGGCUGCCGGACUCUGCCGUGGCACCAUCCCUCCCCAGCCAUGUGCCGCGGGAAGGCAGCCUGGCCCCGCAGGGAGAGCUGAGGAAAUGUCUUUAACCAAAGAACCUGGCAGGGUAACUUUUCUUUAAAGGGACUAACGGCAGUGAUCUGUAGAAAAUGAUGGACAAAAGAGCUUUAAUUGCCCAGCGGAGGAAGCUCUAUGCAUAACUGAUGAGAUGAGAAGUCUCCUCCAGAGCAUUAAAUAUUCCGUUUUAGCCUAGAGCUGGAAAGUCACAACUUGCUGAGCAGUAAGUGUGGAGGCAGCUGCCGGGGUGCUGCAGGCAAACUUGAAACUAUAGCAAAUUAUUGCUUUUCCUAAACAAACAAAACCUCUCUUGAAGCAACUGCCAAAAAUCCCCAAACUGUAGCAGCAGGUGUAAGGGAACCCUGGUCAGG